CUUUAUAGCCCAAGACAUAACUUUUAGGAAUAAUGUUGGACCCAUAAAACAUCAGGCUGUGGCAUUAUGAGUUGACGCAGAUCUGAUGUCCUUUUAUAAAUGUUGCUUCGACGGGUAUCAAGACACCUUGUAUGUGAAAAGGCAACGUCAGUUCUACCGCGAUAGUGAAAUCUAUGGCACCAUAGAUUUUAUAUGUGGUGACGCAACAGCCGUGUUCCAAAAUUGCUUGAUUGAAGCUCGCACUCCAAUGGCGAGGCAAUAUAACACAAUUACAGCGCAACAUAGAGAGCUUGAGUCCUUACCAACUGGAAUAGUGCUUCAAAACUGCACUAUAAAGGCUACCCGCGAUUUGGAGAAAUUGAACAACGUCACGACAUUUUUAGGUCGGCCAUGGGGUAUAUUUUCUAGGACUGUGAUAAUGGAAAGUUAUAUCGAUAACUUGAUAGAUCCUAAAGGAUGGGUUGAGUGGAUUGGGUUAGCAAAUAAAUCUGUUGUUAGUCGCCAGCCAUAUUAUCUGGAGUAUAAGAAUAGAGGGCCGGGUGUUGUCACGAAAGGACGUGUGACAUGGGCAUCUGUCACUACGGAUCCUAAUAUUGCAUCAGAUUUCACAAUUAGAAACUUUAUAAGCAGUGACCAGUGAAUUCCCGCCAAUAUCCCUCACUACCUAGAUUUAUCUUGAACAACUAUUACGUUGUAUUGUA